AUGGCGGAGGGAGAGCGGGCGGGGAACGGCGGCGGUGCCGGCCCCGGGCGGCCCCCGAGCCCCGCCGACCUCGAACGGGCCGAGGCGCUCAAGGCCCGCGCGAACGAGUUCUUCAAAGGCAAGGACUACGAGAACGCCGUCAAGUUCUACAGCAGCGCCAUCGAGCUGAACCCCGGCAACGCCAUCUACUAUGGCAACCGCAGCCUGGCCUACCUGCGCACCGAGUGCUACGGCUACGCCCUGGCCGACGCCACCCGCGCCGUGCAGCUCGACGCCAAGUACGUCAAGGGCUAUUACCGCCGGGCGGCCAGCAACAUGGCCCUGGGCAAGUUCAAGGCGGCCCUGCGUGACUACGAGAUGGUGGUGAAGGUCAGGCCCAAUGACAAGGACGCCAAGCUCAAGUACCAGGAGUGUCACCGCAUUGUCAAGCAGAAGGCCUUCGAGAGGGCCAUCGCCAGUGACGAGCACAAACGCUCCGUGGUCGACUCGCUGGACAUCGAGAGCAUGAGUGAGACCCCCCAGCCCACCCGGGGGGGCCUUGGGGAGGGGCCCCCGUGCUGUCCCCAAAUGUCCCCUCACGUCCCCACCCCGCAGAUCCUGGUGCAGGUGAAGGAGGUGCUGGCCAAGCUGCCCACCCUGGUGGAGACCACGUUGAAGGAGACGGAGAAGGUGACGGUGUGCGGCGACACCCACGGCCAGUUCUACGACCUGCUCAACAUCUUCGAGCUCAACGGGCUCCCCUCCGAGGCCAACCCUUACAUUUUCAACGGGGACUUCGUGGACCGCGGCUCCUUCUCGGUCGAGGUCAUCCUGACGCUCUUUGGCUUCAAGCUGCUCUACCCCGACCACUUCCACCUGCUCCGAGGGAACCACGAGACGGACAACAUGAACCAGAUCUACGGCUUCGAGGGCGAGGUGAAGGCCAAGUACACGGCGCAGAUGUUCGCCCUCUUCAGCGAGGUCUUCGAGUGGCUGCCCCUGGCCCAGUGCAUCAACGGCAAAGUGCUGAUCAUGCACGGGGGGCUCUUCAGCGAGGACGGGGUGACCCUCGAUGACAUCCGCAAGAUCGAGCGGAACCGGCAGCCCCCGGACUCAGGGCCGAUGUGUGACCUGCUCUGGUCUGACCCCCAGCCCCAGAACGGCCGGUCAGUCAGCAAACGAGGGGUCAGUUGCCAGUUUGGCCCCGAUGUCACCAAGCGCUUCCUGGAGCGGAACCGCCUCGAGCUCAUCAUCCGCAGCCACGAGGUCAAGCCCGAGGGCUACGAGGUGGCCCACGAUGGCCGCUGUGUCACCGUCUUCUCUGCCCCCAACUACUGGUGA